GUAACGUUCAUGGUCACAGAAAUUUCAACAUGGCGUUUCACAUGUCCAGAUUCGGGACUUGGGGCCGAAUACAGAGUUUUGGCAUUGCUGCAUGUAGACAGUACAGCAGUGCAAGGGGCUAUCCUAAUAUUUCUCUAUCUUCACCUUUACCUGGCAUUCCCAAGCCUGUGUUUGCUUCAGUUGAUGGUCAUGAACAAUAUGAAACCAAAAUAACCACUUUAGAGAAUGGCCUUAAAGUUGCAUCACAAAAUAAGUUUGGCCAGUUUUGCACAGUUGGAGUUUUGGUAAAUUCAGGUUCCCGGCAUGAAGCCAGAUAUCAUAGUGGGAUUUCACACUUUCUGGAAAAGCUUGCAUUUUCUUCUACAUCACAAUAUGGAAGUAAAGAUGAAAUUCUUCUGUCUUUGGAAAAACACGGUGGAAUCUGUGACUGCCAAACAUCCAGGGAUACAACAAUGUAUGCGGUCUCUGCUGAAGUCAAGGGUCUGGAGACUGUGGUUAACCUGUUGGCCGACGCUGUUCUGCAGCCGCGUUUAUUAGAUGAAGAGCUGGAGAUGACCCGAAUGACCGUAAAGUUUGAGUUGGAAGAUUUAAAUAUGAGGCCUGAUCCUGAGCCUCUGUUAACAGAAAUGAUUCAUGCUGCAGCAUUUCGAGGCAACACUGUAGGCCUUCCCCGUUUCUGCCCAGAGGAGAAUGUGUACAAGAUUGACAGGAAGUUGCUGCACACGUACAUGCGUAGCUACUACAGCCCAGAGCGCAUGGUGCUGGCAGGGGUGGGGGUCGAGCACGAGCAGCUAAUAGAAUGUGCUCGGAAGUACCUGCUGGAUGUGAAGCCAGUUUGGGCCACAAACACACCAGUGAAUGUGGAUCGGUCUGUGGCCCAGUACACAGGAGGCAUUGUAAAGAUGGAGAAGGACAUGUCUGAUGUGAGCCUUGGACCCACACCCAUCCCAGAACUCACUCACAUUAUGAUUGGCUUAGAGAGCUGCUCCUUCUUGGAGGAAGACUUCAUCCCCUUUGCUGUCCUCAACAUGAUGAUGGGAGGAGGAGGCUCCUUCUCAGCAGGUGGCCCAGGAAAAGGCAUGUUUACCCGCCUCUACCUGAACGUUCUCAACAGACAUCAUUGGAUGUACAACGCUACCUCCUAUCACCACAGCUAUGAAGACAGUGGCUUGCUUUGCAUUCAUGCUAGUGCAGAUCCAAGACAGGUACGGGAAAUGGUGGAGAUAAUCACUAGGGAAUUCAUACAGAUGGGUUCUACAGCAGGAGAGAUGGAGCUGGAAAGAGCAAAGACUCAGCUGAAAUCUAUGCUGAUGAUGAAUUUGGAGUCUAGGCCUGUCAUCUUUGAGGAUGUUGGGCGGCAGGUUCUGGCCACAGGCCACAGGAAGCUGCCUCAUGAGCUGUGCAAUCUUGUCAGUAAAGUUUCCUCCAGUGACAUCAAAAGAGUCAGCACGAGGAUGCUGCGCAGCAAACCAGCUGUGGCUGCUUUGGGAGAUCUGACCGACCUGCCGUCAUACGAGCACAUCCAGGCUGCUUUGUCCAGCAAAGAUGGCCGUCUGCCCCGUAUGUAUCGCCUGUUCCGAUAGAACGUCACCACAUGUAGCGAUUAUACAGUUGUGUACAAUGGAGACUGACCUACAGUGAAACUUUUCCUUGAGCUCUUUUAUUGAGCUGUUCUGGAGACGUUCUGAGGGACUGUGGUAGACAUGGCAUUUAAUGUAAAUGAAAUUUUAUCUUCAAAGAACUUGUUAGCACUUAUAUUGUGUGUAUUUGUGCUCUGUAUCAUGUUCAGAUAAACUAAAAGGUGGACGGUUCUAAAGUAACAUGUCCAAAAAACUGACUCUAAGCAGUCCCUGUUACAAAGAAAUGCAAGUCGUCAAGUCUGCUGGCAAACAUUUCCAAAUUAGGACAAAGUGUUAAUAAAAGUUAAUAAUUAGAAUCCAGUCCAAAUGAUUUAUAUUUUCAAAUGAUUUCCUGGAAUAUUGAUUAUAUAACUGAUGUAUAAUCCUGUAAUGUACAUUUUCAUCAACCAAAUAUUCAGGUUAAACACUGGCAUUAUGAGGCCCUGGCAUAAUGUUCUAAAUUUAUAAUAAAAGUAUACAUUAUUGUACUCAAAAUAUAUUUUGUUCUGUGGGAAUCGAGAAGCCAGAGGUGAGACUGGAACCUGUGGUUUAAAGGCUUUCUGAGCAAUGUCUUUCUAUGAUUGAAAGCCCAUCUCUCAUCAUUUCUUGUGUGAUGGAUAGUCUUGACUCUUGACAGAUGACUGCAGACACUAUGUAUCAGUUGUCAUACUAUGUUUAUGUAAAUGACUGCCUCAUGUAAACAUCUUCCUUUUCACAAAUUCUAAUAAUGCUCUGACUUUGAACUGUGAAAUUCCACUUGCUUUUCCAUGUCUGUUUUUGUUCAUAAAUGAGGUUUACACUUGA